CACGCCUCGUUCACAAUCACCCAACAGUAGAAUCGAACGUCAAGCUGGCUGCUGUGUAACCUUCUAGAAGGAUUUUUCUGCAUCCAACGGGAGUAUUCGCGAAGUUUGAAGUCGAAAAAUCGGAUUCUGUUGAAGCUCGCCAUAAUGGUAGAUUACAGCAAGUGGAAGAAUAUUGAGAUCUCCGACGACGAAGAUGAUACCCACCCGAACAUCGAUACUCCGUCGUUGUUCCGCUGGCGUCAUCAGGCCCGCGUUGAACGGAUGGAGGAACAGAAACGGGAGAAGGAACAAAUGGACGCGAAGAAGCGGGCAGCUGAACAGAAAAUGAAGGAAAUUAAGCAGAAAUUGGAUAAGAAGGAUGGUAACCUGGAGGAGCUGAAGAAGAGUCUGGAUGAGCUGGAAAUGGAACAGAAGAGAGUACGGGAGGAGGAAGAAAUGUUGUUGAAGAAAGAACAGAUGCAACCGUGGAACGUGGAUACUAUCAGCAAGGAUGGAUUUAAGAAAACCGUCAUCAACAAAAGUGCAAUCAAUAAAAAGGUGGAGCUAACCGAAGAUCAGAAAGAGCUUAAUUUGAAGGAAUUCAUCAAGAAGUACGAGAAGGAGCUAAAGCAUUAUGGCAUGAUGCGGAAGUACGAUGAUUCGAAAAAGUAUUUGCGUGACAAUCACAAGCUGGUGUGCGAAGACACUGCCAAUUAUCUGGUGAUCUGGUGUAUAGAGCUGGAAAUGCAGGAAAAACACGAACUGAUGGCACACGUUGCACAUCAAUGCAUUUGCAUGCAGUAUAUUCUGGAUAUUUCCAAGCAGCUGGAUGUGGAUCCGCGUGCCUGCGUCGAAUCGUUCUUCCAGCGCAUCCAGAUAGCCGAAGCGGAAUACAAGAAUCAAUUUCUGGCCGAAAUCGAAGCAUUCAAGGAGCGCAUUCGGAAACGAGCCCAAGAGAAACUGCAGAAAGCCAUCGAGGAGCAGGAGGAAGAAGAGCGAAAGGCUCGACUGGGACCCGGAGGGCUGGACCCCGUGGAAGUGUUCGAGUCACUGCCCAAAGAACUGCAGACAUGCUUCGAAACGCGGGACAUCGGUAUGCUCCAGGAGGCGAUGUCCAAACUGCCAGAGGACGAAGCUCGUGUUCAUCUGCAACGCUGUAUAGAUUCCGGCCUUUGGGUACCUGACGCGAACAAGGCAGCCAAAACGGACGCGACAGCCGACAAAAACUCAGAUCCAAUUUAUGUAACUGUACCGAGCGAGGAGAAACAAGAUGAAGCGAACGAGAAGUAGAUAUAGUUUAAAUCAUAGGGUAAUUUCCACUGUAUAAAGCUAUUGAAACAGAGGAUCCAAAUGUUGCUCCACUUUGAAAGCUUUUGAGGAAAAACAUUUCUUUCAUUUAACGCUGUCUUCAAAUCAAAUCGUGAACAUUAUGUAUUUGUAUUAUGAAUGUAUGUUGAAUAAAACUUAUAACCAAG